GUCUAUUACUUCAGGGAGUGGGAGCAUGUAAAGACGGGUGGGUGGAUUGUUCAUCUAUAUAAAAUUUCACCAACUCCUAUUACCGGCUUACUCCCCCCCCAUUAUGGGGCGGUGCAGGCCCAGUCUUUGGGUUCCAAUGGGUUAUGGAAGGCGUGAGGAUGGUCCCCCCCUUUGUGACCUGUAUUUCCGAGAGUACGAGAGAGGCAGGACGUUGGAUCCCGCGCUGGGGCGGGUUGUCAAAACUGUGCGUCGUCAGCAGAACGUGGGGAAUAGGUCCACUUGGCACGAUAAGUAUGUGAAUAACGGGUUGGAAAAGAACGAGAUACUUUGUCGGCUGCAAGAAGAAAUGCGUAAGGCUGGGUUCGAAUGUCCUCUCCUCGUCCCGAGACCGUUAACUUUGGCACCAAAUCUGUCAGUGGAGGAGAUUGGCAUACUGAAGCGUCGGAAAGAGCGUUACAAGCUGAGCAAUGCGUACAAAAGGGGCAUGUUGGCGGCGGAGGAUCCGUUCACGCUCUUCAUUUGGGAUUCGAGGUUAAUUCACGGGAUUUUUAUGACGAUCAUCGUCAUGUUCGUGACGCCGGUGAGCUUUUUCAUGACGCGGUAUUUCAAGGAGACCUUUAUGAACAAUCGGAUUUUUCUGCAUCACGUCUGGUACUUUGUCCACCUUUCCCUCUCCUUGGUCACGGUGCUUCUCUCCAUCGUCGGAUUGAUUCGUCAAGUGGGGAGCAGGGCGAUUUUAGGGGUCAGUUUGAGCCGCUCAGGGCUGGCGCAUCGCAUCAUGGGUUGGAUGUCGGUCGUAAUUUCGAUCCUGCUCUUCGUCCUGGGGGGAAUACGACCAAUGAAGAGAGAAUUUCGGGCAGUAACAAUUAUUAUGCAUGGCGUCAUGGGGUUCUUGUUCUACUGGCUGGGUCUGGCGUGCAUGCUGACGGCGAACGCGAUUCCCGGUUCACCCGCGGCCUACCAAGACUUUUCGAUCCUUUCUUUCUUUGGACAUCUGAAUAAGGAGGCAGUCUUCCUCAUUGUAACGUUUUGGAUCCUCUUCGAUAUUGCGAUGCACGUCGUGAUGACGCUCUUGCAAUGUCGCAGUGACAAAGAAAUGAAGCUGACGCAACGUCGUCUCAUCCUCUUUUCGCCCAUUCCCGUUUUAUACGAAAAGGAACGAUUCGACGCGCCCGGUCGUUUCCCCCGGAUUUACAUGCUGACGGCGUACAUCGCUGUGGCACUGACGUGCACCGUCACGAUCUGCACUUUCAUGCUGAAGUAUUCCCCACGGAAGAAGGGGCUCGGAUUCAUGUCCUGCACACACAGCGGGCCUGCUAACGAUAUCCGCGAGGCGUACACGUGUUAACUCAUCUUAUCGCCCAAAAAUUACUUCGAAGUCAAACUGACUCCACGAAAUGUGUCGAAAAUGAAAAAAAAACACGCUCCGAACUCUUAUAAAAUUUAGGCUUCGAUUGAAUAGUCGAUAUCAGUGAACAAUUUACAUAAGUGCUCAAAACUAAAAAUACUUCU